AUGGAUCACACCGAGUCUCCUGUUUCUAGUCCCAAGUUUAUGGCUUCCUCUCCCUCUGCACCAACACAAGAGCGUGAACGCCCGUUUCAAUGUCCCGUCCCUUCAUGUAACGGCCGGUUUCAGCGCAAAUUUACUUUACGAGAGCACAUGAAGACUCAUACUGGUGAAAAGCCAUACCAAUGUGCGAUUCGUUCUUGUGCCAAGCGGUUUAGUACGUCAGGCAAUUUGGCUCGUCAUCGCCGACUUCAUUUACUCAAGAAACUCGAAUGUCCUGUUGAAGGAUGCACGCGCAUAUUCACAAAAUCGGAAAAGCUCGCACGUCACCUACAAAAUCAUCUCGGCAGCGUUGCUCAUAUCUGCGUUGUUGAAGGCUGUGGAAAGACAUUUAGUACGGCUGGAAAUCUUACGCGCCACUUGCGAACACAACAUCCACCAGGUGCUGUGGCUGCUGCUCGUGCCGCUGUUCCACCUGUGCUUCGAGCUCCUCCUGCCCGUCCGAGCCCUCUCUCCGUCACUGAUUAUGUUCCAUGGGCAUUAACAACCGCACAUAAUGCCGCUACAUCGAGCAGCUCAGAACAGAACAUUAGUGUGCCUCAGGCUGCUAAUGUUUCAGAUCGUGAGAUCCUCGAUGUUCUUCAGUGUCUCUUUGUUGAUGAAAACCCUGGCAUAUCUGCCGCAUUGAUGGACCAGACUCACGAACACUACCGUCUUCAAAGUGACCAGCCUGUGCUGUUGUACUUGUAA